AUGGCAGACAGUAGCGAUGUUUUGAGAAUGGUUUUGAUCGGCCCUCCUGGUGCCGGUAAGGGUACCCAGGCUCCAAAUUUAGUGGCCAAGUUCAAUGCUGCUCAUUUGGCAACCGGUGAUAUGUUGAGAUCACAAGUGGCUCAAGGUACUGCCCUUGGUAAAGAAGCUAAGAAGAUUAUGGAUCAAGGUGGUCUUGUUUCAGACGACAUCAUGGUCAACAUGAUCAAGAGCGAAUUGUCAUCAGAGAAAUGUAAAAAGGGUUUCAUUCUUGAUGGUUUCCCACGUACCAUUCCUCAAGCUGAAUUGUUGGAUCAAAUGUUGAAGGAACAGGGUAAACCAUUGCAAAAGGCCGUUGAAUUGAAGGUUGACGAUGAAUUGUUAGUUUCACGUAUUACCGGUCGUUUAGUACACCCUGCAUCUGGUAGAUCGUACCACAAGACUUUCAACCCACCAAAGGCUGAAGGUAAGGACGAUGUCACCGGUGAGGAUCUAGUUCAAAGAUCUGACGACAACGCCGAUGCUUUGAAGAAGAGAUUGUCAUCCUACCAUGCUCAAACCGAGCCAAUUGUCAACUACUACCAAAAGUCCGGUAUUUGGGCUGGUGUAGAUGCUGCUCAAAGUCCUUCCACAGUUUGGGGGGAUAUCCUAAAGUGUCUUGGGUUCGACGCUUGA